UUAUGGCUUAGCCUUCUGGUUCUCUUCAUCCAUUCGUGCAGUAGGUUUCCAUUACUGACCGCGCCAAUGAUCAAAUGAAACGUGAAAUGGGCUAUUCCGAAGCGCCAGGCCCAGAUGGGUCGAUAUGCAAGCCAAGGGCAGAGCUGGGGUUCUGUGAAUCCGAGCACACUGGCCUACUUCGUUGCUGGGGGACCUUCUGUCUAGAAGCAAUCCCUACUACGGUUGGAAUCCAGCCAGCAGGGCUUGAGCCCGCGCGGCCGCUUUAAGAGAGGGGCGGGGCCCGGCACAGGCGAGGCAGGGCCUGCCCACAAAGCUGCUUUUCCUUUUUGAUCCAUUCAAAAAUUACUCAUUGCAAAUUCCCGGACAGCUCGGGGAGGAGAAGCCGGGGGGGCGGAGGACAGAGAAGGCUGCAGCGGCGCAGUGUUGGGACUCCGGGGCACAGAGGGCUUAGGUCGGUCCCGCAGAAGCCGCCAGCCGGCGCCGAGCUCCCGGGGCCUCUCCAGGAAGCGCCAGUCUCCGCCCGGGGAGCUGGGAGCACCGCCCCCGCCGUCCUCCCGGGACCCCCAGCUCCGGCCUGCGGGCGAUGGGCGGCCGCUGAGCGGGCACUCGGCACCGCGACCCCAGCCCUCGGCAUGGCCGCGCGUGAGGACCUGUACAGCAAAGUCACCCCGCGCAGGGACCGCCUGCAGCGCCCGGGCACCGUCAAGCAUGGGUCGGCGCUAGACGUACUCCUGUCCAUGGGCUUCCCCCGCGCCCGUGCACAAAAAGCUCUGGCAUCCACAGGAGGAAGAAGCGUUCAAGCAGCAUGUGACUGGUUGUUCUCCCAUGUUGGUGACCCCUUCCUGGAUGACCCCCUGCCUCGGGAGUAUGUCCUCUACCUCCGCCCAACCGGCCCGUUAGCCCAGAAGCUGUCCGACUUCUGGCAGCAGUCCAAGCAGAUCUGUGGGAAGAACAAGGCCCACAACAUCUUCCCCCACAUCACCCUCUGCCAGUUCUUCAUGUGCGAGGACAGCAAGGUGGAUGCGCUGGGGGAAGCCCUGCAGACCACUGUCAGUCGCUGGAAAUGUAAGUUCUCAGCCCCACUGCCCCUGGAGCUAUACACUUCCUCCAACUUCAUUGGGCUCUUCGUCAAGGAAGACAGCGCAGAGGUCCUCAAGAAGUUCGCUGCGGACUUUGCAGCAGAGGCCGCGUCCAAAACAGAAGUGCACGUGGAACCUCAUAAGAAACAGCUGCAUGUGACCCUGGCGUACCAUUUCCAGGCCAGCCACCUACCCACUCUAGAGAAACUCGCCCAGAACAUCGAUGUCAAGCUAGGGUGUGACUGGGUGGCCACCAUAUUCUCUCGGGAUAUCCGAUUUGCUAACCAUGAGACGUUGCAGGUGAUCUACCCCUAUUCUCCUCAGAAUGAUGACGAGCUGGAGUUGGUCCCUGGGGACUUCAUCUUCAUGUCUCCCAUGGAACAGACCAGCACCAGUGAGGGCUGGAUUUACGGCACCUCGCUGACCACAGGCUGCUCUGGGCUACUUCCUGAGAACUACAUCGCCAAGGCUGAUGAGUGUAGCACCUGGAUCUUCCAUGGUUCAUACUCCAUCUUAAAUACGGUGUCAUCCAACUCGCGCACAUUUGGUGAUGGAGUAUUAGAGAGGCGGCAGUAUGAGGACCAAGGACUUGGGGAGACGGCGCCUCUCACUAUCAUCUGCCAGCCCAUGCAGCCCCUGCGAGUCAACAGCCAGCCUGGGCCCCAGAAGCGAUGCCUCUUUGUAUGUCGGCAUGGGGAGAGGAUGGAUGUUGUAUUCGGGAAGUACUGGCUAUCCCAGUGCUUUGAUGCCAAAGGCCGCUAUAUACGCACCAACCUGAACAUGCCUCAUAGCUUACCUCAGCGGAGCGGCGGUUUCCGGGACUACGAGAAAGAUGCUCCAAUCACUGUGUUUGGGUGUAUGCAGGCAAGGCUAGUGGGUGAAGCCUUGUUAGAAAGUAACACCGUCAUUGAUCACGUGUAUUGCUCUCCAUCCCUACGCUGUGUUCAGACUGCACAUAAUAUAUUGAAAGGUUUACAACAAGACAAUCACUUGAAGAUCCGGGUUGAGCCAGGCUUAUUUGAAUGGACAAAGUGGGUUGCUGGGAGCACAUUACCGGCAUGGAUUCCUCCAUCAGAGUUAGCUGCAGCCAACCUGAGUGUUGAUACAACCUACAGACCUCACAUUCCAGUCAGCAAGUUGGUGAUUUCCGAAUCCUAUGACACCUACAUCAGCAGAAGUUUCCAAGUGACGAAAGAGAUAAUAAGUGAAUGUAAAAGCAAAGGAAAUAACAUUCUGAUUGUGGCCCACGCGUCUUCCCUCGAAGCCUGUACCUGCCAACUCCAAGGCCUGUCCCCUCAGAAUUCCAAGGACUUCGUACAAAUGGUCCGGAAGAUCCCAUACCUAGGCUUUUGUUCCUGCGAAGAAUUGGGAGAGACUGGAAUAUGGCAGCUGACAGACCCACCCAUCCUUCCCCUCACCCAUGGACCCACAGGGGGCUUCAACUGGAGAGAGACCUUACUGCAAGAGUAAGCUGCCUGAGCGCUGGGAAGAACUGGCCUAUUGCAGAUGAGUUCUCAGGAUGUUCAGUAGCAGGGGAAAAGUCGGUGACCCUGAAUUCCACGUGGACAGCUCAGAAUCACUUAGCAUAUUUCUUUUCACGCUUAGGGGUCUUAAAGUGAGACUGUGUCAGUGAGACAAAGGCAUGAUUCAGAAGGAGAAAAAGAAAUCUGUCUUCUCUGGUCUUGCCUAGCUAACAUGGCUUUGGAGAAUUGUCUUCCUAAGCUGGGGCACCUGCUGCCGCAGAGACUACCAUCCUUCUUCAGGCUAUGCAUGGCUAAAGAGCCUCACUCUUCUCCCAGAGAGCUGCCCCCACCCUCCAGAGACAUGGCAAGGGGAAGGACUGUGUUUCGAAUCCAAAUGGGGAUGGGAGAGUCUUUUGUAAUCCAUUGGCAAGUUAGGCAAAGCCACACUGAGGAGUGCUUUGGUGGUUAUUAGAAACAGUAAUAUCCUCGGCUCCUACAGCAGAUCCCAUCCCCAACAGACACCAUUCACUAGUGUGCAAGGCACCUGCUUCAGGACUCCAACAUUCACCCUGGGACCACCACUUGACCUCCAGAGCAGCCUGGCCCUUCAUGCUUCUGUCUGUGAAAUGGGGAGAGAAGCACUUUUGCUCUCCAAAGCACUUUGAGGUACUUGGGGAAAUAAAGAAAAAUGGGUGACAUAUUGAAUGGGAGGUACGGCGACUUGCAGAAUAUUAGUCAAGUUGAAAUUACCCCUGUGAUAGCCCGAUGAGCUGUGAAAGCCCUAAGCCAGGCUGAAUCAAGCCAGGCUCUCUGACUGUGUUAAGCAGUUAAGGAGAUUGACAUCUGGAAGGAUGUAUGUUCGAUUCAUUAUUUGGAUCAGCAAAAAAAAACCCUUCUGUGCAAUAUGGAUAUUUUUAGAAGCUAUACUGAGGAUUGAGUUGUACACAUGCAGUCUGUGGCAACUGGAACAGGACAUCCAUAGGUAAACCAGUUCUAGGUGGUUUAAGGAGGUCAGGAGGCCGACUGGGACGAAGACAGUUACACAACACUGCUCCUUUUGCUGUUCUCUUUAUUUGCUUUUCUGUGAUAAUUUAAAAUAGACAGAAGGUGGGGCUGCUUGAAGGGAGUUGACAGUCACAGCCUGUCUGUGGACCCUCGUCACACCUGCUUCCUGUAGUUAGAGAGAGUGUGUGUAUUUAAAAAAAGAAUAGAUGACAAUCAAGACAAAACGUCACUUAUCAAUGUCUAUUUAAUUGUGUGAAUAGCCGUUAGGGCCCCAGACGUAGCCUGGUAUCAGAUAGUUCACUGUGUAGCGUGUAAGACACUUAGAGAAAUAUUUCACCAGUGUUCCAUUUUGGUAAAUAAGCUGUGAUUUUUGCUAGUACAGAAAGAACAUGGGCCCAGCUUCUGGCAUAAAUGGAACCCAAUGGUGUUUUAACCUUAAAGUAUCGUGGAGGAAAGACCCUGAGUAAAAGUCUCAAAGGAGGAGUCAUGUUGUGGCCACUGUCACUCAUUCCUCGGGCGUCUGUAGUGAAGCGAACCCACCAUUCACUCAGAUCCAAAAUGAUUCACCACUGCCUCUCCAGAUUUGGCAUUCCCAGUAAAUAUCAGAGUUCCUUGACUGUGACUGGGGGGAAAAACAGUUCCUCCUAGGCUUUCCCCUCCGCUUCUCUUGUUUUCUUAAUCUUCAGAGUCCAGGUAAAUGAAUCACUUUGAUUGGGCCAUGCUCCAUUGUCCUUAAUUCAAGAUAGACAGAGUCCUGGGCGGUUUUGACAGAGCCAAAGAGACAGGAUCUGAAGUAAGUUUCUGAAUAACUUAAGUGGAAAACCCUUGAGUACAGAAACAUUUAAUUACCUAAAUUGCUUAUCAAAAUGGCUGGGUGAGCUGUAGUCAAUUAACAUCUUAUUGCAUGCUGGCCUACUUUAAAAAAAUUAAACAUCGGUCAGGUCCAGCUGAGCAAUCCUUUGAAUCACAUUGAAUCUGUGUGUAGGGGCUGGGGAUUUAGCUCAGUGGUAGAGCACUUGCCUAGCACAGGGCA